AUGAAAGAUGAAGUAGAGACUAAGAAGAAGAAUCGAGAGGGUGAGAGGAUGAAGGAAAGAAGAGAGCUGAGUGAGGAGGACAGAGAGCGCGGGGUGGUGUUUGGGUAUCUAGUCGUGGUCGAGCUGAGUGAGAAGGAGAGAAUGACUUUGAGGGGACUCAAUAACACUGCAACUCAGGAUGCUCUUGUCAACCUAGUUCUGCAGCGGAAUUUGAGUAUUAUUUUUCUCUUAGAAACCCUAGCUUCACCGGAUUUGCUUUCUGAUAUCAGAAGGAAUUUGGGUUUUGAUGGCGUCAUCUGCUCCCCUUACAAAGAUGACUGUCGUGGUCUGGGUUUGUUCUGGCGCAAUGAAAUCCUAGUACGUCUUCGAAAUUAUUCUACCAAUCAUAUUGAUGUAGAGGUUGGUGCUAUUGGAUCAGCAGGAGUUUUCCGUUUCACAGGGAUAUAUGGGAUAACUGCUACAGCAGAUCACAAGUCUAGAGGUCCUCCUCGGAAUGUAGCCCAAAUGAACCGGUUUAGACAAGCCUUAGUGGAUUGUGACUUGAUGGACAUGGGGUUUGUUGGCUCUCAUUACACUUGGGCUAACCGAUUCACAAAAGAGAGACUGGAUAGGGCGUGCCAGAAUCUUCAAUGGAAGACCUUAUACCCUUUUUCUCGUGUUAUCACUCUGCCCUUGAGUCGAUCUGAUCACUGCCUUUUGUUAAUUGAUGUGAUCCCAGAACCAUUGCCUUCUUCUAGGACCCCGAAGCAAUUUCGCUUUGAAGAGAUGUGGUUACAGCAUGAAGCUCUCCUGAGUGUCAUUGAACAAGGCUGGAUGACCCCAGUAACGGGUGAGUUCAUGGGUCAGAAGGGCGUCUACCGACGUUGCAGAAAUCGAGUGAAGGGUUUGUGCAAUGGGGAUGGUCAAUGGACUUCCCAACUGCAUGAGGUGGCAGAUAUUCUUAUCAACUACUAUGAAAAUAUAUUCUCCUCGGAGUCAGUUGAUCUCACUGCUUUAGAGACCAUCCUAAAUUCCAUGCAGGCCAAAGUUACUGAGGAGGUGAAUAGAGAACUUUUGGCUUCCUAUACUGAUGCUGAAAUUAAGAAGGCAUUGUUCCAGAUGCAUCCGUCUAAAUCCCCUGGACCGGAUGUUAGGGACAUACUACGUACAGGGAGGAUUCCACAAGAAUCAAAUUUCACCCAUUUGACACUCAUUCCGAAGAUUAAAGAGCCACAACUACCAUCUGAUUUAAGGCCCAUUGCAUUAUGCAGUGUGGUUUAUAAGAUUGCUUCUAAGGUUUUAGCUAACAGGUUGAAAGGAAUUCUUCCUCAUAUUGUUUCUCCACUACAGAGCGCCUUUGUUCCUGGGAGGCUCAUCUCGGAUAAUACCUUAGUGGCUACAGAGGUAGCUCAUUUCAUGAAGAAGCUCCGAAGACAAGCUGAUGGUUUCUUCUCCCUGAAGCUGGACAUCUCCAAAGCCUACGAUAGAUUAGAGUGGCAGUAUGUGGAAGCAGUCUUACUGAAACUCGGAUUUUGUCAAGAUUGGGUGAAUGUUGUGCUCGCCACUAUUAAAUCUGUUAGUUAUUCUGUCCUUAUGAAUGGCACUCCAACAGGUUUUAUUCUGCCAACUAGAGGUAUUCGACAGGGUGACACAUUGUCACCUUAUAUUUUUAUUCUUUGUGCUGAAGGCCUGUCAUCGCUUAUCUCUUCCUGUGUACAGAAUGGAACUAUUAAAGUGAAUCCAAUUGAGAGCCUUGCGGUUCAAGCUAUCAAUGCCUUGGAUUGUGAUUUGUCACCAUUGAGAGCCUUAGUUGCUGAUGUUCGAAGUCUUCCCAGCUCUAGUAAUAAUUUAUCUGUUACUUUUGCUCCUAGACAGGCUAAUUCUGUAGCUCAUAGGCUGGCUUCUCUUAGUUUUGAAUCUGAGAUACAAGUUGAAUGGUUUGUAACUACUCCAGAUAGUAUACCGGAUGCCCUCAUGUAUCUACGUUAUAACUUCUUUUAUGAGUUAACUAGUCAAAACAAUAGGAGAGAGAUCUCAAACACCUUCAUGGCAGGAACAAGUUGUCCCAGAAAACGCAUAAAAACAGAUGUCAGAUAUCCCACAGAAUUUGAUCCCGAUGAUCGGAUAUCCCAACUGCCAGACGACAUUCUGCGUCACAUUCUAUCCCUACUACCCCUACAUGAGGUUACUUUCCUCCCGGAAGAACUUGGUGAUGCAUGA